GGUCCAUGGCUGGAUUCUGCCUGGACAGUCCACGCCUAAGGGUGUCCGGAGGCGCGCCUGCCGAGAUCACACGAGUUAUCUGCUCGCCACCCCUCUUUUUCGGCUCAACCCGUCUGUAAGCUCAGGACAAGACUUGACAACUUUUUCUCGGUAUUUGAGUUGGUUGAGUAGUGAUGCUGUGUGCUAGUGAUCAUCCGGAUCGCCCCGAAAAAAAGGGGGACCUUCGGUGGCCGACCAAGGAUGCUAGCAGCUGAGAUAAAAAAGGGCAUCAUGCGGCGAGAGACGUUCGCAAAGUCCUCGUGACAUGAUGAACUCGUCGACGCCGACGUUGAACGCCGCGAACGCAACCAGUUAUUAUUCGAUCACCGAGGUCGUGUUCAUAGGGACUUUGGCCUUCGUUUUAUCGGUCUUCACCGUUGUCGGAAACAUCAUGGUGAUGAUCUCGUUCAAGAUCGACAAACAGCUUCAAACGGUCAGCAAUUACUUCCUGUUCUCGUUGGCGGUCGCUGAUUUUGCGAUCGGUUUGAUCUCGAUGCCGCUUUUCACCGUUUACACCCUCUUGGGAUACUGGCCAUUGGGACCGCUCAUUUGCGACACGUGGCUUGCACUCGACUACCUCGCGAGCAACGCGUCCGUACUCAAUUUGCUCAUCAUCAGUUUUGAUCGGUACUUUUCGGUUACCAGGCCGUUAACUUACAGAGCGAAAAGAACUACGAAACGCGUUGCUAUUAUGAUCGGGUGUGCUUGGGGUAUAAGUUUAUUAUUGUGGCCGCCGUGGAUUUACAGUUGGCCGUACAUCGAGGGAAAUCGAACGGUUCCCGAAAAUUUGUGUUACAUUCAGUUUAUAGAGACCAAUCAUUACAUCACUUUCGGGACGGCGAUUGCGGCAUUUUACGUUCCCGUUACCGUUAUGUGCAUCCUAUAUUGGAGAAUAUGGAGAGAGACUGAAAAAAGACAAAAAGACUUACCCAAUUUACAAGCGGGCAAAAAAGAUAGCAGCAAAAGAAGUAAUUCUAGGCAAUUAGAAACUCCACCGCAAAAGAGGGAGGGAAACGGAUGGAGUCAUAAAGAAAUGGAAGUAAUCGAUACAAUUGACGAGGCUAAUACAGCCUGUUCGACGGUGGAUUUGGAGGAAUGGCGAAGACCCCGAUCCGAAUCAUCAACUGGAGCUGAUACGGAUUCAGUUUAUAUGCACGGGGCUGUUUGUGCGGAUCAUCAUAGUCAUAGAAGACGACCGCCUUAUCAAAGAAGAGGUUGGUUAUCGGGUUUGUACAGGAUACGAGCGUGGUGUGUAGCCUGGUGGCAUUCAGGUCGAGAAGAUAGUGAUACGGAAGAAGAAAGCCCCAGCGAACAGGGACAAGGAUGUAUAACGCCGAUGUCGUUAGAUACACCUUUACAAAGCUCCGUUUCAAGGUGCACAUCACUAAAUGUAAUCAGAGAUCCAUACGCAACGGGACUUCCCCAACCAAACCAAAGGGAUCAAAUGAUCCACAACCAAGCAAACAUAACCCCUACGAGAUUAGCGCCGAGAGAUACAAGGAGUUUGCCAAACAACGCAAAUCGUCUUGGUGCUCGUUCGAUAUCAAACGAUAGCGUUUAUACGAUUUUAAUCAGAUUGCCGGAUACUUUGGAUGGUGCUGGUGAUGGACCAUCAAUCAAAAUGAUUCCUGAAGAUGCAGCGCGAUUAACGCAGCAACAAUUAUCAGCGACCGCAACAACAAAACAAAUCGAUUCGAAUUUAACCGAUUUCGGUUCGAACAUUCACACGAAUCAUUUAAAUCGAAGACCAUCGGCGAUGCCUGAUAUCAGAAUACCAUUAAACGCGAAAAUUAUCCCUAAGCAAUUGGCGGGGAAAACUUUGUUAGCAAACGCGACGAAAAAUCAAGGUAAGAAAAAGAAGAAAACGCAAGAAAAAAAAGCUGACAAGAAAGCUGCGAAAACAUUAUCGGCGAUUUUAUUAACGUUUAUUAUAACUUGGACGCCGUAUAAUAUUUUGGUGCUAAUUAAACCAGUUUCUACUUUCGAUGAACUUAUACCGCAAAAAUUGUGGGAUUUUUUUUAUUAUUUAUGUUAUAUUAAUUCGACCAUAAACCCGUUGUGUUACGCUUUAUGUAACGCGAGCUUUCGACGAACUUAUUUACGUAUUUUAAAGUGUAAAUGGCAUAACAGGAAUAGGGUUGCUAUGAAUAGAGGGUUUUAUAAUUAAAAAAUAAAUUGUUAUAACAAGAAGAAACCAACAACUAAAAGAAAGGUGAGUUUUUAAUUUAUUAAUUAAUUAAUUUAAUAAAAAAAUA